AGGGACAGUUUAUAAACAGCAGAGACUGAGCAGGGGGAGCAGUGAUCCGGGGCCUGGCCGAAACUUUGUUGUCCACUCUUACGCUUCACUGCAACUUUAUCAACUUUAUUAACCGUCGCAUUUUCCUUCCCGCGUUGACAUGACGGCCACGGGGAGCUCUCCGGCCUUCGACGGGAUGUACUCCCAGCUGAUAGAGGACGAGGGCACUUACGACGAGCUCCACCGCAAGACAGAUGUGGGACACAGCGCUCACCCAGUCUCCCGAGUCAUGCUGCCCUCCCGGCUGAGCGGUUCCGGGCCCUACCGCCUCACAACCAUCUGCCUGGCUACGCUGUGUGCCAUCCUGCUGAUCUCCAUCAUAGCUGUCACUGCACACUAUAAAAACAAACCUCAGGUCAGUGGUGAAGUGGACCCAGAGAUACAGAAGCAUACGCAAGACAAGAACGUGUCGGAUCUGACCGCUACCAUCAACAAACUGCAGCAGGAGAAAAACCAGCUGCAGAAGGAGAGGGAUGAACUGCUGGCCAAACUGGCUGCUACUAAAGCUCCUGAGGUGAUCAAACCGACAGAGGCCGCUAUCGUCUGCCCCGUGGAUUGGCAGCUCUUCAACAACAGCUGUUAUUUCAUCUCCAGAGUCCAAAGGGACUGGGCAGAGAGUCGGUCAUACUGCCAGAGCAAAGGAGCUCACCUGGCCAUCAUCCACACGGCCGAGGAGCAGACGUUUCUAUGGAAUCUUCUUCCCAGAGGUCAUUGGAACGCCUACUGGUUUGGGAUCACUGAUGCACAGACAGAGGAUCAGUGGAAAUGGGUGGAUGGCACUCCACUGGUCGGAGGUUUCUGGGAGGUUGGUGAGCCCAACAACCACAUCAACGAGGACUGCGGCUACAUUGUGAAAACCCGCGUGUUGACACGAGUGCCGAUAAGGAGCUGGUACGACGCCCCCUGCACAAUGGCAUUACCCUACAUCUGUGAGAAAGAAAUGAGCGCCGGUGCCAGUACCGCCAUUCCGCACUGAGAUUUCAACGUCACUCUGAUCAUCUGAGGUAAACAAGGGGAAGUAGUUUACCCGUCCAGUUGUUCAUCAGGCUAACAACCCGACGCGUGAACGGCUGAUAUUUUGCAAAUACAAUUCCACCUACUUUUUUUGAUUGUUUUUAUCCAGGGUUUCUGCCUCUCGGGCAACACACAGGCUGCACUAUCUUCUUGGUGGAGGUCUUUGGGCCUGUUUCCAGAAUUAAAGGUCCCAUUUUUUAUAUUUGUGGUUUUAAGAACCAAAAACCAUCUCAGUGUAGUUUCACAUCUCCUCUCUCAGGUUUCUCUAUGGAGCUCUAGUAACAACAGGUCAGUGAGCCAAUCAGAACAGAGGAGGCUCUGAGUAUCGCUUCUGAUUGGCUCACUGUUUUCUGAGUGAUCCAAUAAAAAUAUAGCAGAUUUCAGGUAAACACUCAGAGAAACCAAAUCCUGCAAGGUUGGAUGUGUGCAUUUCUCUGUGGACUGAGCUUUGAUACUUCCACAGUAUUAAUAUAGACCCUAGACCUGCUUUAUAAUCAAACAACACAUGGACAUAUACCUUUAUACUAUAUGGACCUUUAAAUUGAAGGCAGGAAUCAGGGCUAAAACAAAAAAGGUACUUCGACCUCAUUUAAUCUAUACUAUAAUUUUCUAUUAAUAUGAUAUACUACCAUUAUUAUGAAAAGCAAACAAUUUGAAUAUUAACCGAUUUCAUUCAUCUGUUAUUUGGUAAAUUGAAAAAAAACAUUGAUAAAUGUAAGAAUAGCAUUCAAAUAGCAUUUUAAGAACCCCUGACUUCAUUGGGCCCCUCUUACUUUUCUACUGAUAAAAAAGUAUCACACCUAACCUGAAGGUCAAUGGUUGCACUUGGUUUAGAAUUCAUUGUAGAUUUUUUUUUUUUUUCAACAUAUGAAAUGCUUUUUAGUCCAAGAAAACCUCAGUUGAGUCACUCUCUGAAGGAUUGCAGUGCUUCAGUGAUUUAAUAUGGUCAAAUGUAUUACAUGGUUGGGAUACAACAAUGUAUUUGUGCCUUAAACCACAUAAUGCCAUGUUUUUAUGCACUUGUGCUUUAGAUUUUAUAGAUCAGGGAUUCAAGAUGACGAUUAAUGUUGUCAUUUAUUUCUUACAUGUGAAUGGGAUUUUUAGGAAUGAAUAGUGUUAGAUUUAUAUUAACUGUAUAUAAAGGAAGUGUCAUGAUGAUAAAUAUAUGGGAGUAUGAUUAUCAGUAAAAAUGAUCAGUUUGAAUUUGAUACACUGUGGAUCCUGUAAAUAAAUGAUUAAAAUAUA